AUGCUUGGUAAUAAUUGUGCGCUUGCUCUUCGCAAUCUGAAUAAUUAAGUAAUUAUUGUAAUGAAGUUAAGUGCAAAUAAUACACACACAGAAAUGCAGGAUGCUGGUGUAGUUCAUACAUCUACAGAAGCUACGGACAAUGCGACCGCAGGCACCGUCGCACCGUCUGUGGUGAAAACUGAUGCGGAUGGUACUCUCUCCCAACCAAACGCGAUUCAACGCUUUCCCGGAAAUCUGCUGCUCCGAAAUUGUAUAAACGACGCCGAGUCGGCAACCGAUAGUAGUGAGCAAUUCACUGAAUAUGAACAUCACAACACAACAGAUCAGCAGCAAACGCCGCCAGCAGCAAGAGGAAGGCAUCGAGUCAAAACCUUAAACAGGAAGCGCGACUUGAUCAAUUUGCAAUCAAACUUGAGCCCCAAAUACAUUGGUUAUCCCAAUGCCAACUCGCCAACAGUACCCGACAGCGUUGACAAAGUGCGCACAACACGUCGACGUAAUCACGCGCUUACGCCAAACAGAGAUGGGGACAGCGAUGUCGCAUCACCAAAAACCUUGCUCGCGAGCAUGCACAUGCUGGCGAGUGGUGCGUAUUUGAGUCCCAUUGAUAAGCUGCUCAUUAAGAAUGGCGCUAACUCGCCCAACAGCACGGGCUUCGAAGCUGAUGCCGAGGAUGUGACAAUGGUGCAGCCAACACGCAAACAGCUUAAACGGAAACUGAAGCGCGACUCGAAGCCAAAGAAAAAACACCCUAAAGAAGCGCCUGCGGAGGUUACGGCAAAGGAAACUAGUGAACACCUUACUAAAGAUGAGCAACCGCACCAGAAACAGGCAACAAUUGAAAUUGGCCCAACGUUAGCAACUGACAAGCCUGAGAUAUCAAUCAAGGUUGAGCUAACUGAGGAGGACGCCGCCCACAAAAUAUUCGAGGCUGAUGAGCAAAUACAUGUUAAAACCGAGCUCAAGACAGCUGAGCAAAAGGAUAUUGAGGAAAGCCAAGUAGAAUCCAUGUUCGCACUGCCCACAGCGACCUCAACCGAAAUAGAAGUAUUAAAAUCCCCACCAGACAUAGAGCCCGCAAAUAAUAGCGAACAAUCGAUGAAGUCGCCAUCAUCAAUUAGUUUAGAUAGCGCCAAGGGCUCGUCAAUAGUCACCGAUUCGGGCUGGCCCACCUAUCAGGUGGGUGAUCUAUACUGGGGCAAGCUGUUCACCUAUUGCUAUUGGCCCUGCAUGGUCUGUCCCGAUCAGUUGGGUCAAAUUGUUGGCAAUCCACACACUCAUCCGCAGCGGAAGUCAACGGACAGUGCGCCCGGAGCGCCUGUGCCCAUACAGGUGCAUGUGCGUUUCUUUGCUGACAAUGGCCGGCACAAUUGGAUAAAGUCGGAGAAUCUGUUGCCCUUUGCCGGCCUCAAAGCAUUCGAGGAGCUGCGCGAGGAAGCGCGCAUUAAGUAUGGCCCCAGAAGCCUCAAGUAUCGCCAAAUGACAGCGAAACAAAAUAAGCUAAUUGUAUGGCGCCAGGCCAUCGAGGAGGCGAACAUUGUUGGCCAGCUGCCCUAUGCUGAACGCAUGCAAAAGUUCUAUGAAAUCUACGAGAAUACUAUCACCCACAACAAGGAAAAGCGCAAAUACACAAAGUCUGUGCGGCAGGACACCUCCGAUGUGGGCAGCAGCCUGUAUGAUUCCACGGAUAAUCUGCUUGCUAAAUCACAGCUUUCACAGCCAGUGCCUUUGAAGCGCGAACGUUCCUCCUCGCCAUUUAGUCCGGCCUUUUCGCCGGUCAAACACAACCACCAAAAACGUGCGAAACGGCGGAAGCUCAGUGGCAGCUUAGAGGCACCAGCUGGUUACACACCUCUGCCUGAGCCUCACGAUGAGAAGCCAAUAUCACCCGAUUUGGUUAACUAUAAAAAUCCCGAGUUUGGGCAGCUGUUCGAUGCAAUCAAAGAGUACGUCAUGGUGCAUCGGCAAGAGGAGAAGGUUGAGAAGGUGCUUCUGGCAGUGGUGCGCAAUAUUUGGUCACUAAAGCAGCUUCAGUUGCGUGAGCUGGAGCGCGAUCUGGCCAGUGGUGAAUCAGAACUUUUGGGUUCGGCUCGCUUGGGCUCGGAACGUGGUCGUGGCGUUGGCACAAUAAAGCGGCUCUCGAAUCGUCUAAAGACCAUGAUGCUGAGACGCAGUAUAACCCCAGUUGUGACGCCCAGCACAGCUGCACCCGCACAGAUAUCGACGCCCGAGUCUAUGCAGCCGGAGCGUCAUCUCUCGGACAAUCCCAAGGUUAGAAAACCCAUCGGCCGACCCAUUGAUGAGGUGGUUGAGGAUAUACUGCAGCUGGACCGCAAGUAUCUGUUCCGCGGGCUUAAUCGGGAGCCUGUGUGCAAGUACUGCUACGAGCCGGGCGGCGAUAUACAGCGCUGUUCGGUUAACUGCAACAGUUGGUUGCAUGCCACUUGCUUGGAGCAACAAAGAACUGUAAAUACUAAAGCAAAGAAGGGUCCAAAGACAAUCGGAGCGGCACCAAGCAAGGCUCCUGAACCGCUGACCAGUUCCUCGCCCGUUUCAGAAGUGGAGCCGACAACAACGUCGACGCUAGUUAAGCACAUAACUGGCGACGAGAUUAAGCAGGAGCAGGACAAGGAGCCGCUUGUAUGUCACGAGUGCGCCAGUGGCAAAUCGAAUGCAUGCUGCAUAUGCCAUCAGGAGCAAUUGCCAGCCAGCUCGCCGCCUCCGUCACCGCACAAAGAAUCCGUUGCAUCAGCGACAGCAAUAUCAGAGGUUGAGGAGCCGCUUGUCAGCAACAAGCUAAUACUCUGCUGUCAGCCCAUGUGCAGCAAUAAGUUUCAUGCCAGCUGCUGCAAAUAUUGGCCGCAAGCGAGCAUAAGCAACUCAUCCACGCGCUGUCCCAUGCAUGUGUGUCACACAUGCGUCUCAGAUGAUCCCAGCGGCAAAUACCAGCAGCUGGGCAGCGCCAAGCUGACCAAGUGCGUAAAGUGCCCGGCCACUUAUCAUCAGGAUUCACGUUGCAUUCCAGCCGGUUCGCGCAUGCUAACCGUCACGCAUCUGAUCUGUCCCAGACACAACAUUGCCAAGGCAGAUGCCAAUUUAAAUGUGUUGUGGUGCUACAUCUGUGUGCGUGGCGGUGAGCUCGUCUGUUGCGAGACCUGUCCCAUUGCGGUGCACGCUCACUGCCGUAACAUUCCAAUCAAGACCAAUGAGAGCUAUAUCUGUGAGGAGUGCGAAAGCGGACGAUUGCCAUUGUAUGGCGAGAUAGUUUGGGCCAAAUUCAAUAAUUUCCGCUGGUGGCCGUCCAUCAUUCUGCCGCCCACCGAGAUUCCCAGCAACAUACUCAAGAAGCCACAUGGCGCCAACGAUUUUGUGGUGCGUUUCUUUGGCACCAACGAUCAUGGGUGGAUAUCGCGUCGACGCGUCUAUCUUUAUAUUGAGGGCGACACUGGUGAUGGCUACAAGAGCAAGUCGCUAAUGUCCAAACGCUACACGGCCGGCGUGGAGGAGGCCACGCGUUUUCUGAAGAUCAUCAAGGACAAGCGGCAAGAGCAGGCCAUUGGUCGGUUUAGCGGUAACAAGCUCUAUCCGCCGCCGUACAUUAAGAUCAAGGCCAACAAACCCGUACCGCCAGUUCGUUUCGUCUACAACGAAGAGGAUCUCAACAUUUGCGAAUGCAAACCAGGCAGCGAACAUCCCUGCGGUCCCGAAUCGGGUUGCCUUAAUCGCAUGCUUUUUCACGAAUGCCAUCCUGAUUACUGUCAUGCUGGGCGUCAAUGCGAGAAUCAAUUAUUCGAACUGCGUAAAUCGCCACGUCUCGAGGUCGUCUACAUGAACGAGCGCGGCUUUGGCUUAGUGUGCCGUGAACCUAUCGCCGAGGGUGACUUUAUCAUUGAGUAUGUGGGCGAGGUAAUCAAUCAUGCGGAGUUUCAGCGUCGAAUGGCACAAAAGACCCGCGAUCGUGACGAGAACUUUUAUUUUCUGGGAGUCGAAAAAGAUUUCAUCAUUGAUGCGGGACCCAAAGGAAAUCUUGCUCGUUUUAUGAACCACUCGUGUGAACCUAACUGUGCGACCCAAAAGUGGACUGUAAAUUGCAUUAACCGCGUGGGACUGUUUGCCAUUAAGGACAUACCAGAGAAUACUGAGCUGACGUUCAAUUAUCUGUGGGAUGAUCUCAUGAAUAAUGGAAAGAAAGCUUGCUUCUGUGGCGCCAAGCGUUGUUCUGGCGAGAUUGGCGGCAAGCUGAAGGAUGAGGAGGUCAAGGAGACGAAGAUCAAGCAAUUACCACGCCACAAGGGCAUUCGCAUCCAUGUCGGCGCACCCAAGAAGAAAGCUGCGAGAAAGUCCAAAUCUAAGCACAUGAGCGUAGACAAUGUGCCCCCCACGGAGCAACCAUCGGAUGCUGCUCCUGCUAGCAAAGAGCCGUAGUUUAAUUGAGAGGAAUAUAGUUUAUUUUUUUGUGACAUCUCUGUUGCUUAUUGAUUAUCAUUUUGUUUAUAUAAAAAUCUGAAUAUUGCCGGAUAAUGGACGCUUCUAUAUUUACAUAUAUAUUUAUUGUUUGUUAUGCUUAAGUAUGAAUUUUAUAAAAAGAAAAAAGGAACAAAACAAAAAAAAAAGAAUGUAAGACUUUCUUCGGCACGCAGAAGAUUAAAUAGCCUUUUAUAAUUAUGGUAUUCAGCCUUACUAUUAUGCGAGGAGACUAUUCAGGUCGUAAUUGGUGGUAAAAAUAUCUCAAAAAAAAAAAGUUAUUCAAUUCAAAAACUCACAUGAUAUAGUUGUCCGAUGUUGUUAAGGUAUGGCUUGUACAUAAGCACAGUGAAACCAAAAAUGCAAGGUUUGCUCAAGUCAUCUUUUUGGCCGUGCGUUCCUAUGGCAGCUAUAUAAUUUAGAGAAGAAAUACUGAACUAUGCAAAGUUUUAUAAUUUCAAACUGAGUUUGCAUAAAAACAGACGGACAUGGCUAUAUUGUAUCGGCUAUUGAUAAAGGCUAAGAAUAGGUGUACUUUGUGUUGCCGAAGAUGUAAUGAAAAAUUAUAAUAUUCGCACAAGGG